AUGGCGCCUUGCCAGCGAUGCGGUGUGGGAAACAGGAGCGGUCGGGGACAGGGGUGGUGCAGCGAUCCACGCUGCCGCCAAGCCGAGAAAGAAGAGCGUCAGGCAGAAGAAAGCGCUAAGCGAAAAGCUCGGCAACAGGAACGGGCGGCAAAGGGAGGUGGCAGCCGCGGGCCUUUGCCCCCUCAAGGGGUCAGCCGACAAGCGCAGAGGCUUCAGCUGCAAGCCGAACGUGCUGAGCAUGGGUUUGCAAGCCGGGGGCCAAAACCAGAGGAGGACAACCGCGAAGCACAGAGGCUUCAGCUGCAAGCCGAACGUGCUGAGCACGGGUUUGCAAGCCGGGGGCCAAAACCAGAGGAGGACAACCGCAAAGCACAGAGGCUUCAGCUGCAAGCCGAACGUGCUGAGCACGGGUUUGCAAGCCGGGGGCCAAAACCAGAGGAGGACAACCGCGAAGCACAGAGGCUUCAGCUGCAAGCCGAACGUGCUGAGCACGGGUUUGCAAGCCGGGGGCCAAAACCAGAGGAGGACAACCGCGAAGCACAGAGGCUUCAGCUGCAAGCCGAACGUGCUGAGCACGGGUUUGCAAGCCGGGGGCCAAAGCCACAGGAGGACAACCGCGAAGCACAGAGGCUUCAGCUGCAAGCCGAACGUGCUGAGUACGGGUUUGCAAGCCGCGGGCCCUUGCCCCCUCAAGGGGUCAGCCGACAAGCGCAGAGGCGUGAGCUGCAAGCCGAACGUGCUGAGCACGGGUUUGCAAGCCGGGGGCCAAAACCAGAGGAGGACAACCGCGAAGCACAGAGGCUUCAGCUGCAAGCCGAACGUGCUGAGCACGGGUUUGCAAGCCGGGGGCCAAAGCCACAGGAGGACAACCGCCAAGCACAGAGGCUUCAGCUGCCGAAGCCCGUUGCAACUGAGAUCCAGAAGCAGGGGUACCCGUUUCCUGAUGAAGAUGAGCUGACGCCUGAACAAGUGGAUGCUCACUACCUUGCAUUCGUGCGUAGUUGGGGCAGAUUCGGGCUGUCGCGUGUUUGCGAGAAGUGUCGGACCCUUACCCCUGCGAAGCACGUUUGCCCGGCCAAAGGAGCCAAGCAGAUGCUUUGCAAAAGGUGCCGCGAAGAUUCUACGAAGAUCAUCCUACCAGAUGUGCCAACUGCGCCAGGGGCACUCCAGAUACUGAGGCCCAUCGAGCAGCACCUGAUCGCCAUGGCUCGGAUCUCGCAAGUCCUCAUCGACAAACUCCCGUCAGGUGGCCCCAGCGCGCAGUGGGGCCGCAUGUACGCCGUACUCAUGGAGGACCCUUUCAUCUGUGACGUAUUGGAGGGAGCCAUGCUGGAGGAAGAUGGCACAGUCUUGGUCCAAGGAGUUCAAGGCUUGACUGCUUCUCCAGCCCGUCUGGAUUGCUUGCACGACGCUUUGAAGGAACUGAAGGCCCAACACCGCUUGUACAAAGCCAAUCCAGCCGUGGACAGAGCCAUAGCCAAAAUGGCCACCAUCCUGGAUGUCCAAUUGGCGCAGCCUGAUGCGGUCGACGAGCGUUUGAGCCAACAAACAGCUUCCCAAGGGCGCCAAACGGGGGAGUCCGGUGGCUCACACUCCUCGGCCUUGGGAAGCCAAAAUCACGGUAUCCUGCAAGAGAAGGAAGAAGAUCUCGAGAUGACGUACCUUUUGCCCAAAGAGUUGAAGAUCCCUGGAGCCGAGACAAGGCAGUUACAAAAGGCCCGAGGUUGCGCGGCGCUCAACGACGACAUGGAUGUCAAGCUCUUCCCGCACUUGUUUCCCACGGGAACGGGCGGAUGGCAAAGCAUGUACCCAAGCUUCUCACAGUAUGCACGCAAGCGCUUGCUGAGCCAGGAUCCACGCUUCGAGGCAUCCCCAGCCUACACCAUGUGGCUCCUGGAGACGCAAACCAAGAAGCGCCUUUCAGGCAACAUCAAUGUGCGGAUCAGCGGCCAGCAGGCUCCAAGCAGAAAGACGAUGUACGAACGUGGCAACAACCAGGUCUACACAGCCCUCAGGGACAUCCCCGGCACUCAGCCCUACAUCUACGCAAAGAAGGGGGUCGCGCUCAGCAUGUACGAGCAGCUCGGAACACCCAACUUCUUCAUGACCCUCACUUGCCAUGCUCGGCAGCCCGACAUCCUUGUUGCGGCCAUCACAGCGCGGCUACUGCGGCUGCGUCCUGAAACGCAUCCGGAAGAGCUGGAGCGUCAAGCCGCUGAACUCCUGCGCUGCUACCAGUCUGACGAGCAGUUCAAGUGGGACGAUCUGUCGCCAAACCAGCUGUGCAACCAGCAGCCGGCGAUCGUGGCACGACAGUUCAUGCACCAGCUCAACCAACUCAUGGCAUGGCUGGAGGCCGAGCAUGACACAGAGUCCCAUCUGGAGCAGGAAGCAGACGAGCAGGACGAGCCGGAGAGCGGCCACCGCAAAGAGCCUGAAGACUUUGCGCAAGCGCCAACGAGAGAUUCAGCAGGCCGACACCGCGGCGUUCGCAAGGAGCGCCCACCAUUCAAGAUCCGAGACUACAUCAUCCGCAUCGAGUGGCAGAAGAGGGGCUACCCUCACGCUCACAUUCUGCUUUGGGCGGUGGAAUGGCCACGACGAACAAGCGCAGUCAGCUCCAGAGACGCUGAGAAGACAGCGGAAGCAGAAGCGACAGUUCCGGAUUGGUCGGACGAAGAGGCCAUGGAGUCUUUCACGCCCACUUGCGCAGAAGACUGGAGUGACAAGUACAUCUGCACGAAGUCACCAGAAAGCUGGCGCAAAUCCACGAAAGUCUCACCCCGCAACAAGGAGCUAAAUGCCCAGCUGGCGGAGCUAGUGCGGCACAAGCACAGUGAAUAUUGCGGCAUCAAGACGUAUGGCUCUUGCAGGUUUGGCUUUCCACACAAUGAAAUCGAAGAGCGAACUCGACGCCGCACCUCCCAGGAGAAGUAUGCCAACAGCCGCUGGAAAAGCAGCCUCGUGGUCAGGCGGGCCCAGGGGGACAACAUGUUCGGGCAAUACAACAUCAAGAUCCUGCGACGGUGGCGUGCCAGCAUGGACCUCCAAGUCAUCUGCGAACUGACCAGCGCCAGUCGUUACAUCCUGGGCUACUCCUUUAAAUCGGAACAAGACCUCGCGGCCCAGCGGCGCAUG